AGCCGUCUCUGCGCCGGAUCAAGGGCCGGAUUCACCGGAGCAAGAGCCUGGACAGCAUCGACCUGCUGGAGUCCAACCUUGAGACCGCUGGGAGCAGGCCCUUCUCCAGGAGUUACCAGCCCCUAGUGGCGCAGCCGGGAGACUUCCGGGGACCUUCACCACCUGCGCCGGUGAUGGAGGAGACGGUAAUAUGGGAACAGCACACAGUGACUCUUCACAGGGCUCCUGGGUUCGGGUUCGGGAUAGCCAUUUCGGGAGGUCGGGAUAACCCUCAUUUUCAGAGCGGGGAGACCUCCAUCGUCAUAUCGGACGUCCUGAAGGGAGGUCCGGCAGAGGGGCUACUGCAGGAGAACGACCGGGUCGUCAUGGUCAACGCAGUCUCCAUGGACAACGUGGAGCAUGCGUAUGCUGUGCAGCAGCUUCGGAAAAGUGGGAAGAACGCGAAAAUAACGAUCCGGCGUAAGCGGAAAGUGCAGAUCCCGGUGCGCGCCCCGGGCGACCGGGACACCAUGUCGGAGCCGGACGACGACGACGACGACGACAGCUACGAGGAGGAGCUGUACGAGCAUCGCAGCGCCCGCGCCGUGUCCUACGCCGUGGCGGGAGCGUCCUCGCUGAGGAGGGCCGACCGGGGCGGGGCCCGCCGCGAACGCAGCGUCUCCCGCGAGAGGAGCGCCUCGCCCCGCUCCGACCACCGCUCCCUCUCCUCCAACCUCACCCCCCGCCCCGCCAAGGUCACCCUCGUCAAGUCCCGCAAGAAUGAAGCAGAAUACGGCUUGCGGUUGGCCAGCCACAUUUUCGUCAAGGACAUCUCCCCGGAGAGCCUGGCGGCGCGGGACGGGAACAUUCAGGAGGGGGACGUGGUGCUGAAGAUCAACGGGACGGUGACCGAGAACCUGUCCUUGACCGACGCCAAGAAGCUGAUCGAGCGGUCGAAGGGCAAGCUGAAGAUGGUGGUGCAGCGGGACGAGAGGUCCACGCUGCUGAACAUCCCCGACCUGGACGACAGCGUGGCCUCCGCCAACGCGUCCGACCGAGACGACAUUUCAGAAAUUCAUUCACUGGCAUCAGACCAUUCCAAUCGAUCACAUGACAGAAACCGCUGCGGUCGUACGCGCUCCCCCGACAGACGGUCGGAACCCUCAGACCUUUCCCGGCACUCUCCUCAGCCAAUCAGCAACGGCAGUCACAGAAGUCGCGAGGAGGAGAGGAGUUCGAAGGCGGGCGUGCUGUCGACUCCUGUAAAACUCGCCGAAGACUCGCUAAACGCCAAGCCAGCCGAACCGCCCGGGGCCAAAGAGGAGACCCUGUUACCCCCUCUGCCAGAGCCCAAACCGGUGUACGCCCAGCCGGGCCAGCCCGACGUAGACCUGCCCGUCAGCCCCUCUGAUGCACCUGUGCCCAGCGUCGCCCACGACGACGGCAUCCUCAGGCCAAGCAUGAAGCUGGUGAAGUUUAGGAAGGGGGAGAGCGUGGGUCUACGUCUGGCCGGGGGCAACGACGUGGGCAUCUUCGUGGCGGGCGUGCUGGAGGACAGCCCUGCGGCCAAGGAGGGCCUGGAGGAGGGGGACCAGAUUCUCAGGGUUAACAACGUGGACUUCGCCAACAUCAUCCGUGAGGAGGCCGUGCUCUUCCUCCUCGACCUUCCGAAAGGGGAGGAGGUCACCAUUCUGGCCCAGAAGAAGAAGGAUGUGUACCGGCGGAUCGUGGAGUCGGACGUGGGCGACUCGUUCUACAUCAGGACGCACUUCGAGCACGAGAAGGAGUCGCCGUACGGCCUGAGCUUCAACAAGGGCGAGGUGUUCCGGGUGGUGGACACGCUCUACAACGGCAAGCUGGGCUCCUGGCUGGCCAUCCGCAUCGGCAAGAACCACCAGGAGGUGGAGCGGGGCAUCAUCCCCAACAAGAACAGGGCGGAGCAGCUGUCCAGCGUGCAGUACACCCUCCCCAAAACGGCGGGGGGCGACCGUGCGGACUUCUGGAGGUUCCGGGGCCUGCGGAGCUCCAAGAGGAACCUGAGGAAGAGCCGGGAGGACCUGUCGGCCCAGCCCGUCCAGACCAAGUUCCCCGCCUACGAGAGAGUGGUGCUGAGGGAGGCGGGGUUCCUGAGGCCGGUGGUGAUCUUUGGGCCCAUCGCAGACGUGGGGCGGGAGAAGCUGGCCAGGGAGGAGCCGGACGUGUUUGAGCUGGCAAAAAGCGAACCCAGAGACGCUGGGUCUGACCAGCGUGGCUCCGGAAUCAUCCGUCUCCACACCAUCAAGCAGAUCAUUGACCGGGAUAAACAUGCCGUGUUGGACAUAACCCCCAACGCGGUGGACCGGCUGAACUACGCCCAGUGGUACCCCAUCGUGGUGUUCCUGAACCCCGACACCAAGCAGGGGGUGAAGCACAUGAGGACCCGCCUGUGCCCCGAGUCCCGCAAGAGCGCCCGCAAACUCUACGAGCGCGCCGUCAAGCUGAGGAAGAUCAACCACCACCUCUUCACCACCACCAUCAACCUGAACCACAUGAACGAUGGCUGGUACGGGGCUCUGAAGGACACCAUCCAGCAGCAGCAGAACCAGCUGGUGUGGGUUUCAGAGGGCAAGGCGGACGGCGCCCCCGACGACGACCUGGAUCUCCACGACGACCGGCUGUCGUACCUGUCGGCGCCGGGCAGCGAGUACUCCAUGUACAGCACGGACAGCCGGCACACGUCCGACUACGAGGACACGGACACGGAGGGCGGCGCCUACACGGACCAGGAGCUGGACGAGACGCUGAACGACGAGGUGGGCCUGCCCUCCGAGCCCGCCAUCACGCGCUCGUCCGAGCCCGUGCGCCAGGACCCGCCCGUCGUCCAGGAGCCGCCCGGGUACGCCGGCUACCAGCACGCGCCACCGCAGCCCGACCCGCUCAACCGGAUAGACCCCGCCGGGUUCAAGGGCUCCCCCUCCCAGCAGAAAGCAGAGGCUGUUCCUGCCAUGCCUUGCCUUCCCCUGCAGCCCUGGGCAGAGACAGCGCCCCCUGCUGCCCCUGGCCGCUCUGUACAUGUAGCCGCUAUGAGCCCUGAGGAGCCUCCGUCUGCUCCCCAGAGCGAAUCCAGCCCCAGGGCUGGCUCGCUUAGGAGACCCGCCCCCGAGCUAGCUCGACCCCCGACACACCGCCCCCACCAAUCCGGACCACCCAAUUCUGAACCAAAGAUAUUCCAGAAGGAUCUCUACGGCAUGGAGGACCCGGUGAGACUGGGGCCGAAGCCGCAGCAGCCGCCCCCGCCCGCCGUGGGGUCUCCGCUGACCUACGAUCCCCAGCCCCCGUACCAGGAGGAGCAGCCAUACAGAGACUACGAGCGCCCGCCUUACCGCUACGACGGGGGCGGCUACCUGGAACCAAAGUCCCGCAGCUUCGACUCGCACCUGCACUACGAGAACCGCGUGCCUCACUACGGCGACCAGUGGUCCCCCUACGACCAGCAGGCCUCCCCCGGCCGCCCCCCGGGCUACCAGCCGGCCCGCCCGCCCGCGGAGAACCAGCACCCCCCGGGCUACGGCCCGCGGCAGGCCUACGAGGGCGGAGCCGAGCGCGACUACAGCCCCCCUCAGCCCCGUUACGACGAGCCCCCCCCGGGCUACGAGGGCCGGCUGGCGAAGGGCUACAAGCCGGGGCCGGUGCGUUACGACGAGCCCCCGCCGCCCGUCUCUACGGGUUACGACCCCCGCCCCCGCUACGACCCCGAACCCCACCCCUCCCACUCCCCAGAGCCCCCCAAGCAAUACUACGACCCCGCGCCGAGGUCGCCCUACAACCCGGGACCCCCCGGCCGCGGGUACAAGCCAGGCCAGCACGAGCCCCCCGUCAGCUCUGACGCCCCCCUGCCCCCUCCCAAAGCGGAGCCCGCCCCUCCCGUGAGCGGUGAGGUCAUCACCGUGGCGCCCAAGCCCCUGCCCCCGCUGCCCCCGCGGGAGCCUGAGGACGACCCCGCCAUGAAGCCACAGUCCGUGCUCACCCGCGUCAAGAUGUUCGAGAACAAGCGCUCCGUCUCUGUGGACCGGGGCAAGGAGCCCGUGGAUGUGGCCCCCAAGCCUGCCGGUGUCCCUUGUUCUGUCCCUAAAGCAAACUCCCUCAGCCACCUGGACCAGGAGAAGACCGUCUGCAGGGCCCCAGAACCACAGACCAAGCCCCCGGAGGACCUGGUGCGCUCCAACCACUACGACCCUGAGGAGGACGAGGAGUACUACAGGAAGCAGCUGUCCUACUUCGACAGGCGCAGCUUCGACAGCAAGGCCGUGCCCCAGCCCGCCCCCGUCUCCAACCGCCUCCCUGAGAUCCUCAAGCCUGCCCAGGCCCAGCCCCAGCUCAUGUACAGCUACUCCAGAUUUCACGGCUCGUACACUCGCUUUGACCACCUGAAAAGGAGUAAGGGGGCGGAGUCGACGGAGAAGAUGAGUCCCGGGGAGAAGAGAUACGAGUCCGUGCCCCCGAUCACGACCCCUCCCUCUCAGUACGGUCAGCCCAGCCCCACUCUCCCGCCCUCCGCACUGCCCAAACCACCCACCUCUGAAGUAAGCCCCCUGUCCGAUCCCCACGGCUCCCCGAAGUCCAAACCCGCUAACCGCGAAGACACGGUCCACAGCAACUACCUGCCGCAGAAGAGCUUCCCGGAGAAGUCCCCAGUGAACGGGACGGACCCGCUGCCCGCCAAGCCCCCUCCCGCCGCGACCAGCUACAACCGCUACGUCCCCAAGCCCUACACCAGCUCCGCCCGGCCCUUCGAGCGCAAGUUCGAGAGCCCCAAGUUCAACCACAACCUGCUGCCCAACGACACCCAGGCCAAGGCCGAACCCGCCCCCCCGCCCAAACCCAAGCCCCAGAGCUCCCCCCAGCCCGCCGAGCCGGACAGCGGCCUGGACACCUUCCCCCGGGCCAAAUACCAGCACAACAACAUCAGCGCCGUGCCCAAGGCCAUUCCCGUCAGCCCCAGCGCGCUGGAGGAUGACGAGGAGGACGAAGGGCACACGGUGGUGGCCACGGCCCGGGGCAUCUUCAACAGCAACGGCGGCGUGCUGAGCUCCAUCGAGACGGGCGUCAGCAUCAUCAUCCCCCAGGGCGCCAUCCCCGAGGGCGUGGAGCAGGAGAUCUACUUCAAAGUCUGCAGGGACAACAGCAUCCUGCCCCCUCUGGACAAGGAGAAGGGAGAGACGUUGCUGAGCCCGCUGGUGAUGUGCGGCCCGCACGGCCUGAAGUUCCAGAAGCCGGUGGAGCUGCGCCUGCCUCACUGUGCGUCCAUGACCCCCGACGGUUGGUCUUUUGCUCUAAAAUCCUCCGACUCCUCGUCGGGUGACCCCAAGAGCUGGCAGAACAAGUCCCUGCCCGGGGACCCAAACUACCUGGUGGGUGCGAACUGUGUGUCGGUGCUCAUCGACCACUUCUGAAGAGGGGAACAGCUGGCCUGUUACUGAGCGUGAACACUGAAGGGGGAGGGUGAACAGAGUGCCCCCCCCCCCCCCACCCCAGAACAGCCCCCCCGCCACCCCCAUCACCGCCCUGUUUACUGGGCUCUGCAUCACCAGAAGUAUUAAACCUCCUGACCUCUGACCUCUGAUGUCAUUUAGCUGUGCCCAGACAAAAUCGCGAGAUGAAGGAGGCUCAGAGGAAGUACUGUUGUUUUUUUUGUCUUUAGUUUCCUUUCUUUUCUUUAGGUUCUAUAAAGGCUUGCAAAAAUGAUGAAUAAAUAACACUACAUUACUGGAGUGCACACCCUGUGCCACUGACUGAACACUAUUUGCUCCAAGUCUCCCCUCUGCACAGGAAGAACAGACUGCUUUGUCAGGGUCUUAAGUGAAAUAGGACACGUUUAACAGAAGUGGAAAUUACUGUUUUUGUGGGUAUUCACACACACACACACACACACGCACGCACAAUUUUACAUGCAGACACAGAAACAUUUGAAAUGACUGUAAUUACAAUUAUCGUCGUGAUGAAGAUUGCGUGUACCGUUUUUGACGCUACGAGACUAACAGGUGAGGGCACGCUGACAUUUUUCAUUUCUCCUUUUCUUAUCGUUGACGGAUUUGUGAAGGUCCAAGAAUGCUGUUUCAGGUUGUUAUUCUGAUGGUGAGCAUCUCAAAGUCUUAAACACAAAUUAAGCUGACACUAUCAACAGAUUUCCAGGUGCAUGUCGUACCUCUAAACUGGCUCUUUUUUUAUUUAGAACCACUUUUAACAGCGUUUUAUCUUGGAUGAGAAUACUGACUUAUUUUUGUAGCUGUGGAACUCUCCCGCUGUCUCAAGAUCUAUGCAUGUGCCGUCUCAGGUCCACACACCUGUUUGUUCUGUCCCACCCAGUCAACCCCCAACUGACACUCAGAAGCAGCGAUGCCUUAUCUGCGUUUUAUUCACUUUUUACACUACUUCAGUUUCUUUUUUUUUAAGUUAUGAUAAGUUAUGAAUAAAAAGAAGAGGCGUGUUUUGCUUUUUUGACAAACCGCUGUAUAAAAUAAACGUGGGGUUUUGUUUAGCACAGAAGAACAGUGGAGGCUGAGGGAAAAAAAUAAAGAUAUCCUUUUUUCUGUUAUGCAUAUGAAGUCAAAAGAGAAACAAGGUUUAAGAAGAAAAUGUCAGAAAUUGUGGCUGUAUAUAAUGCUAGCAUAUGGCCUUGGUUCUUGGUUUGUAAAUUAACUUUUGUAUGUCUUUGUUAUUUUGUACAAAACUAAACAGAAAACAAUGGUUUCUAAAAAAAAAAAAAAAGAAUGACGUAAAAUGAAAAUGGUUAUCUUUGUAUUCUGAUCAUACCCUUGAGCCUUGGAACUUCUAACUUAGCAGUAAUAAAUCAAAACUUUUCUACCAAUAUACACACACUACAUUUAAACAUUUUUAUCAAUCACAAAAUGUUUUUAUGAUUAUUUACAAAAGUGCUUGGUUUAAAUAAUUUAAACAAUCCGUACUUUGAAAGGGUCAACUUCAUUUAUUUGUGAUACUGAAAGCUGUAUUGUGUGCCCUGAAAUGUAUUUUUGUACUAAUAGACAAUUUAUUAUGGCACACCAGUACUGGUUUCUUUAGGAAAGAUAACACAAGCUUCAAUCAGACAUUAGCAUUUCUUUACUGUGUGGCUGACAUUUUUUUUUUCUUUGCAACAUAUUUCUAAGUAUACCACUGUAUUAAUAAAAUAAUUUUUAAAAUAAA